UGUAUCUGUGUACGAAAACGCGAAAUACUAGUUCUGUGUCAGUCGAUGAGGUUAGGCUGGCGUAUUUACGCAACGAAAAUUCGUGUCGUCGGUGUACGCGCACGCGAUGCGGCUUUGACAGCACGUUCUAUCUUCUUUUCUAUAUUACUGAUCAUACGUCACAGGACGGAACGCUCUGUGCAGUGCUUAACGCUGAAUUUAUUGUCAUCGUCAGUGACGACUUUGACAGCGCAUCAUUCGAAGUGAGGUUAAUUUGGAAGGUGUGUCGUGCGUGUGCGUGCUGUAGAGAAAAACAACACGGCAAUAAUACGAUGACGGCGAUGUUAGUAUCUGUAGCGGAACUGUCGAACAUUUUCUUCGUGCUUGCAGUCUCGAUAUGCUUUUGCGGAGUCUUCUUGUUUAUUAUCAGAAAUAUGAUCGUACUUCGCAUUCAUGGCGACGAAUUGAUGUUUGGAGGGAGUGGAACUGUCAUGACGCAUUCGCCGCGUAUACCUCAAAUGGAAAUGAUGAAGGUCCAUAUUCCCUUCACCUUCAAGCUUCACGAAAGUUUCAAGAGCACUUACACCGAAGUUGAAUGCGAGGUAUCGAGUCAAGUUGAGUAUUCUCUGCAAGCGCUCUGGGGAGUUAGUAUAAGAGAACUUCACCUGGCACUUUGGAAACCUUGGAGUACCCUUAGAGACGCGUCCUUGAAUGGUACUCUUCUUCAAGGCCAUGCUCAAUAUCUUACACCACCACAAACUAGACAACCACACGGAGAAGAAACAUUAAGAUUGUCUCUUCCGGCACCAGAAUUAGAGCUUGGAACACCACCUAGACUUUGUUAUCCUCUAGUAAUCUUUCUAACUCGUAAAGAUACAGGAGAUCCUCAUCCAGACGAGACGGUGGCUCUAGUAAAUGUUGUCCAUAUCAAAGAUAGCGUAUGCACACUACCCACUUCGAUUCUGGCGCAAUAUCUCAAGCAAGCUAACGGACAAUUAUCUUGUCUUAAACAAUUAUAUUUAGCCACCGGCAAUUCAACGAAUUAUGACGAAGGAGAUAUGUCUUCGGGUCUAGGUUCAGCUCUGGCCCUUGCAGAGCCUUGUAACAACAACGGUAGUACAACUAGGGGCGCAUUGGUUGCCUCCGGUACUGGCGAUCCCGAGGGAUCGCUAUGGAACACAGCUGGAGAACAACUUUGCGUUGUUUGCCAAUACUUUCCUCUGUCACGUGCUCUAUUGCCUUGCAGGCAUACCUGCAUCUGUGCAUCCUGUUUUGGCAAACUAGAUCGAUGUCCAAUGUGUAGAAGUCCAAUAAAAAGUUAUUUUUGUAUCAGGGGCGAGGAAUAUAUGCCCUUGGAGACAGAAAUUAAUCCUUGCAAACAGAGACAACCAAAUCAUGGACCCACUCACUGGCUUCACGAUUGGAACGAUAGACUCACAGAUUUUCUUGGAUUUGCACGAUAGAAUAGUUGGUAUUUUCUCGUUUCAUUUAGAAUGUACAACGUAUAUAGAAAAUACGACGGAACAAACAAUAGUAAUUGUUUGAAAUUGAUUGAAAGAAUUAUGGAUUUUGAAAAAUACUUUUGUAAAGAUUUUUCUUUCUUUAAUUCUUGCAAAUUUAAUUUAUAUAAUAAUAAGAAAAAGAUAAUUGCAUAAGAUUAAUUCUCAGAAAGAAGUACACAAAAAAAGAGGCAAGAUAUUAAUUUAUAUGGAGUAAAAUAGGAAGAUUUUUUUACAAAAUGAUAUAAAAGUUUUUUUUUUUUUAAUUAAAACGCCAGUUGUGCAGAGUGAAUCAAAAUUGUAAUCAUUUGAUUUUUUGAAUUUAUUAUUUAUAUAAUUUUCAAAAAAUCAUUAUAUCUAUCGUUUAUUUUUACGACUUUUUGAUAUCUUUCAACUCUACCCUAGAGAUCAAGUUUUUUUAUCAAGCGUUUAAAUAAUCUUUCAUAAUUGAGGAAUUUAAAAAAAAAAAAUAGAAAAAUUAUAAGCCAAAUAAAAAAAAAAUGAAAAAUAUUUGAUAAAGAAAAAGAGACAUGAAGGAAAGUUUCAGAUUUUUAUCACAUAACAUUGUAUAAAUACUUAAGCUGUAAAUACAAAAUACAAAUAAGACAUAUUCAUUUUCGAGAUAUAACUAAUAAUUAAGUUAUUGAUAUUAUUUCAUAUGAUAUACAGGUUUAUUCAGUAGUUAUAGAAACAUUAGUUCCAAUAUGCAUGCCUUUAAAGUAUUCUUUUUCCAUCUUUUUUUGUAUCUUAUAUGAAUUAAAAAAUUUUUUUUUCAUAAUGUUCUGCUGUUCAUGUGCAACAAUAAAGCUAACUUUCCUGAGACUUUUUUCAGAACAACAUCACACAGAAAAAUAAUGUUGUUAAAUUAAUUUAAGAAGGAUCUUACAUUAAUGUUUAAAUUAUAAAUACACAGACUGUGAUAAUUCUAAUAUCUAUUAUUAUAAACCAGAUAUGUAAAAGAGUCCUGAAUGGAGGACAUCAUAUAAAAGAAGGAAUUGGAGUGGUACAAAAAAAAACAUGAAAUCAUUUUCAGAUUUCACAUUUAAUAUAUAUAUUGUAUGUCACCAAUUUUUUUUAUAUCUUUUAGGCACUUGCAUAAAGAUUGAUGAUACUCUCUUAUUUAGGAUUUAUAAUAUAAUUAGAAUUUCAUAUUUUUCACAUAAAAUUUUUUUUAUUUCGUUUUUUGACAACAAAAUUAGCAAAAUGAUAUUUUAAGAAAUUACUUACUUGUGAUAAAUACAUAAAAUAUAUAUUUGCAAAUCUCAAUAUGCAAAAGAAUGGGAGUAUUUGGAACUAUAUAUGUUAAUUCAAAGAGUAAAGGCCUCUAAAGUCAAUGUAUUGUAGUCGAAGAUUUUCAUAGAAUAAUUUAUAUUUUAUUUAGUGCGUAUAGCGUUUUGAUGAUGCGGCAAUGUCUGUAUGUGAGAAUCUGUAUAUAAUUUAUUUAAUAAAGCGUAUUCAUGCUGUCAUGCUGUAUUGUUCAUACAUGCAUGUAUCCUAACAACAAAACAAAUAUAUAACAAAUAUAUAAUUAUAAA